GAACUGGAUUGUGGUUCCGCUUGGAACGGUGGAACGAGUUCCACUCUCGGAACGGUGGAUAAAUGUAGUUAUGUAGUUCCAGCUGCAGCGACACAUCUCUAACUCACUCACUCCACCACAGUUAGUUACAGUUCCACACUCCACUCAGUGCAGUACUGCAGUGCAGUGCAGUAGUACUAGUUUAGUAGUCGAGUAGUCAGAAUCAGAAAAAGAAAGAAGCCUUAUUUAUUAUUUUACUCCAUAUAGUCCAUUCCAUUUUAAAAAAAUGUUAGUGCAGUGAUUACUUAUUCCUGGUUGCUGUUGCGCUGUUGGGAUUUUACGUUUAAAGCCGUAGGCCUAUUACUAUUACUAUUAAAUCAGUGUUUCAGUGACGACAGCAAGUUACAUUUUUCCGGAGAUUUAAUCCAAGAUGACCUCCAGACGAUUGCAAAAGGAACUGGCAGAUAUCCGAGUGAAAGAAUUGCCGUUUUUCAUCAAUCUUCAGGUGGAUGAGUCCAACUUGCUGGAAUGGCGAGGAUUAUUAAUUCCAAGCUCUCCGCCUUACAACAAGGGGGCAUUUGUCAUCGAGAUCACUUUCCCCCCGGAGUACCCAUUCAAGCCACCAAAGGUGAUCUUCAAGACCAAGAUCUACCAUCCCAAUGUCGGUGAAGAUGGAACAGUCUGCGUUUCGCUGCUUCACACAGACAAUUGGAAACCUUCCACUAAGAUUGAGCAAGUUCUGGAAGCCGUUGCCUCCAUGGUAGACUGUCCCCAGCCUGAUCAUCCGAUGCGAGCUCAACUAGCCGAGGAAUACAUCAAGAAUAAGAAAAAGUUCCUGAAAAACGCUGAAGAAUUCACUAUCAAGUAUGCUGAAAAGAAAGGGAAAUCUUCAUAGUUCCUCAACUGUGUGAUUAAUGAGAAAAAAGACUUUUGCUUUACGUUUUUUUACCAAAGUGUGUAGUUUUAGUUUUGUUGAAGUUUUUGUACCAUAGUACUCAAAGAUUAUAUUUUGUGAAUACAUGAACUUUGUUAAAACUACAAUG